CUGUUGGGGACGGGACGUGGGGGGACAUCGUCGUCUCACUUUUUCACUCAGCUUGACCACCUGACCCACGAACUCCUGUGGAAACUUUCCGGACACGGCGUUGCUUUUGUCGGUAGCGAGAAGGCAACUACAUGGACAAACUGAAGAAGGUGCUGAGUGGCGAAGAUGAGGAUAACAACGCGGACGGGACCGGAAUACUGGAGAGAACCAGUCAGGCAGCGACACUGGCCUGGGGGACAAGGAUGAAAGGCUUCCUGCUCUGUUUCAUUUUGGGGAUGCUGUGCUCCAUUCUGGGCACAUGUAUGUUGUGGUUGCCUGGACUUGGUCUCGCUGUGUUCGCUGUCCUGUACAGUGUGGGAAACCUCUGCUCUUUGGCCAGCACCAUGUUCCUGAUAGGGCCGUGCAGACAGUUAAAGAACAUGUGUGCUAAAGAACGAGCACUGGCCACAAUCAUCAUGCUGGUGUGUCUGGUACUGACACUGUGUUCAGCUUUCUUGUGGAAGAGCAACGGCCUUGCACUGCUGUUCUGUGUCUUGCAGUUUGUGGCGUUCAGUUGGUACGGCCUAUCUUACAUCCCAUUUGCCAGGGACGCCGUCAUCAAAUUAUGUUCUGUCUGUUUCUAAAAUGUCUGAGUGACCAGUCAGGAUGCUGCAAGUCUUCAGGCCAAGUGUCAGGUGUGGUUUCCAUGGAGACCAAUUGUGACUGCAUAUCCAGCCUGUUAAUUGUCCACCCGGUUUCAGCAUGAAUGCCAUUUUUUAUCUGCGCCCCUGCAAAUGUCUAUUUAUUGUUUUCACGUUUCUCAGUGUGAUUUUACAUUUUUGCUCAUGUGUGUUUAUUGGUAUUGAGAGGCACAUAAUUGGUAUUCAGUCACAUACAGUAAUUGUCACAAUUGUUGAUUUAUUAAUCGACAUUAAUGGUCAAAUAUUAUAUUAUGUAAGGAAGUAUGAGAGCAAGGUCAAUGCUGCAUUCAUUGUGAGGGGGCAUAAUGAUGAGCUUUGUAUGCUACCUGAUGGUGGGUGGGGGAUUUAUUCUCAUUCUGUUUCUAAAUGUCCUGAUAUUUAAGAGCAAAGUCUCUCUGGAAUUUUUUUGAAAAUGUAUUUCUGUCUGAAACAUUUUAGGAAUGACAAAAAAUGUCAUCCUCAUUGAGUGGUGAAAAUUUUAAUUGACAUGGAGGUCAAUGUUUGACAAGACCCAAACAAUAAAUAAGUGCAGCAUUUCUGUAAUGCUGAAAUCUUUACUAA